AUGAGGCUGCUGGGGGUGACCGCUGCAGCGACCUUGGGGCGCGGAUCCUGGCCGUGGGUCCCCGCCGCCCUGGGCUGGACGGGGAGACAGUUUAAUUGGAAGACCUGCCGAUGGUACUCAUCACGGAUAGUAGUUCCUAAUGAAAAAAUUCGAAAUAUCGGAAUCUCUGCUCACAUUGAUUCGGGGAAAACGACAUUAACUGAGCGUGUGCUCUACUACACGGGGAGGAUUGCAAAGAUGCAUGAGGUGAAGGGAAAAGAUGGGGUCGGUGCUGUGAUGGACUCCAUGGAGCUCGAGAGACAAAGAGGCAUCACUAUUCAGUCAGCGGCCACCUACACCCUGUGGAGAGAUGUCAAUAUCAACAUCAUAGACACGCCUGGUCACGUGGACUUCACCAUUGAAGUGGAAAGGGCCCUGAGAGUGUUGGAUGGAGCAGUCCUUGUUCUCUGUGCGGUUGGAGGGGUGCAGUGCCAGACCAUGACUGUGAAUCGUCAGAUGAAGCGCUACAACGUUCCAUUUCUAACUUUCAUUAACAAACUAGACCGAGUGGGCUCCAACCCAGCCAGGGCGCUGCAGCAGAUGAGGUCCAAGCUAAAUCAUAAUGCUGCAUUUGUACAGAUACCCAUUGGUUUGGAAGGUAAUUUUAAAGGUAUUAUAGAUCUUAUUGAGGAACGAGCCAUCUAUUUUGAUGGAGACUUUGGUCAGAUUGUCCGAUACAGUGAUAUUCCAGCAGAACUGAGGGCAGCAGCUGCUGACCAUCGUCAGGAACUGAUUGAAUGUCUCGCCAAUUCAGAUGAGCAACUUGGUGAACUCUACCUGGAAGAGAAAAUCCCUUCAGCUUCUGAUUUAAAGCUUGCAAUCCGAAGAGCCACUGUAAACAGAUCUUUCACGCCUGUCUUUUUGGGAAGUGCCUUGAAGAACAAAGGAGUUCAACCUCUUUUAGAUGCUGUUUUAGAAUACCUCCCAAAUCCAUCAGAAGUUCAGAAUUUUGCUGUUGUCAAUCAGGAAGAUGACUCAAACAAGAAAAGCAAAAUCUUGAUGAACUCUCAGAGAGACAACUCUCACCCGUUCGUAGGCCUGGCAUUUAAACUGGAGGCAGGUCGAUAUGGACAGUUAACUUACGUUCGGAAUUAUCAGGGAGAGCUCAAGAAGGGCGACACCAUAUAUAAUACAAGAACAAGAAAGAAAGUCCGAGUGCAACGGCUGGUUCGCAUGCACGCUGACAUGAUGGAGGAUGUUGAGGAAGUGUAUGCCGGAGACAUCUGUGCGUUGUUUGGCAUUGACUGUGCCAGCGGGGACACGUUCACAAAUAAAGAUAAUAGUAAUCUUUCUAUGGAGUCAAUUCAUGUUCCCGAUCCUGUCAUUUCAGUAGCAAUGAGGCCUUCUAACAAGGGUGAUCUAGAAAAGUUUUCAAAAGGUAUUGGCAGGUUUACAAGAGAAGACCCCACAUUUAGAGUCCAUUUUAACACUGAGAGCAAAGAGACAAUUGUGUCUGGAAUGGGGGAACUGCACUUGGAAAUCUAUGCCCAGAGGAUGGAAAGAGAAUAUGGCUGUCCUUGUGUCACAGGAAAGCCAAAAGUCGCCUUUAAAGAGACUAUUACUGCGCCUGUACCGUUUGAGUUUACACAUAAAAAACAGUCGGGCGGUGCAGGCCAGUUUGGGAAAGUGAUUGGUGUGUUGGAGCCUCUGGACUCAGAAAACUACACUAAGUUGGAAUUCUUAGAUGAAACCUUCGGGUCAAAUGUCCCAAAGCAAUUUGUCCCUGCUGUGGAAAAGGGGUUUUUGAAUGCCUGUGAGAAAGGCCCUCUUUCUGGUCACAAGCUCUCUGGGCUCCGGUUUGUCCUGCAAGAUGGAGCCCAUCACAUGGUUGAUUCCAAUGAGAUCUCUUUCAUCCGAGCUGGAGAAGGUGCCCUUAAACAAGCCCUGGCAAAUGGAACCUUAUGUAUUAUUGAGCCUAUUAUGUCUGUGGAAGUUGUAGCCCCGUGUCAGUUCCAGGGAGCGGUGAUUGCCGGCAUUAACCGGCGCCGGGGGGUGAUCACAGGGCAGGACGGCAUUGAGGACUACUUCACGCUGUACGCCGAGGUUCCUCUAAAUGAUAUGUUUGGCUAUUCCACUGAACUCAGGUCAUGCACAGAGGGGAAGGGAGAAUACACAAUGGAAUACUGCAAGUAUCAGCCAUGUUCAGCAUCCGUUCAAGAAGAGCUGAUCAAUAAGCAUUUGGAAGCUACAGGUCAACUUCCAGUAAAAAAAGGAAAAGCCAAGAACUGAGUUCCUUCACUCUGAGUUGACGGUCAGACUGACUCAAGCUACAGUGUUUCUUACUUUGAU